AUGGAGAAAAUGCCCACGUAUGCUCGGUUCAUGAAGGAAUUAUUAACUAAAAAGAGAAGAAUUCUUGAAGAAGAGACUGUAGAGCUUGAGGCAGGAUGCAGUGCUAUUAUACAGAAUUCUCUACCUCAGAAGUCUAGAGAUCCAGGCAGUUUCACUCUCCCUGUAUCAAUUGGUAAUCUUUCAGUGGGUAAGGCACUCUUAGAUCUUGGAGCCAGUAUUAACCUGAUGCCUUUAUCCAUGUUGAAGAAGAUAGGAGAAGUGGAAGUGAGACCUACAAGAAUGACCCUGCAAUUGGCAGACAGAUCCAUUAAGCUUCCACAUGGCAUAGUGGAAGAUAUGAUUGUAAAGGUUGACAAGUUCAUGUUUCCAGUUGAUUUUGUGGUCAUGGACAUGGAAGAAGAUUUGGAAGUUCCAUUGAUUCUGGGCAGACCCUUCAUGAAGACAGCUAGAGUUAUCAUAGACAUGGAUGAUGGAAAGCUGAAGGUGAGAGUUCAAGAUGAAGAGGUGAAUUUCAAUGUUUUUGAAGCAAUGAAGUUUCCCAAAGACAAUAAGGAUUGUUUCAGAAUUGAUGUGUUAGAUGAUGUGUGUUUGGAAACUCAAAGCAGUUUCAAGAAUUCAUCACCAUUGGAGAAGGCUUUGUCUAUGUUUAAUGAAGAGUUGGAUAAAGUCAUAGAGGAGGAAGUCCAGGAUGUGAUUGAUGCAUUGAACAAAGGUGGAAGCUCAUUAACCAAUGUUCAGUCAAAGGAAGAAUUGAAAAAGGAGGUGAAAGAUCAAAUAGUGAAGUUGGAGUUGAAACAAUUGCCACCACAGUUAAAGUAUGUCUUCUUAGAAGACAAUGGUGGGAAGCCAAUCAUAAUCAGCAGCCAGCUUUCAAAAGAGCAGGAGGAGAAAUUGAUUCAAGUGAUAAAAGUCAAUGAAGGUGUUAUUGGGUUUGAAAGGAAUCAGUCCUGCCUAUUGUAUGCACAAGAUUCAUAUGGAACAGGAUUACAAGCCAGUAGCACAACCUCAAAGACGCUUGAAUCCAACUAUGAAAGAGGUGGUGAGAAAGGAAGUUACCAAGUUACUUGA